GUAUCUUAUCUACAUGUCGAUAUUAGGUAACUAUUUUUAAGCGAUAAAAAGUCUUGUGACAUGAUAUAGAUGCGUUGUAUACAAUCACGAUCAAGAAAGGUUGUAAUCUCCUCGUUUCGCGAACGGAACGGAGCGAGAACAUUUGUAAAAAUAGAAUCGCAUCCGAAUCUUCUUUGAGGUCGGGCCGACCUAGCUUUAACGUCGCCAGCGAAUGUUUACAUCCUCGAUUCGUCGUUGACGUAUAUCGGAGCACCAGUUUACUCGCCUUAAAAUUGUUUGGACGGAGCAGAAAUUGAAAUCGGAUCUUCUCUUUUGCGUGUGUCAGGAGCUCAGAUGCAAUAAUGGGUAAUGCGGGAAGCAAUCAGCCCGUCGGCCAUCAUCACGGCACCACGGUGAGCAGAGAGCACCGACAUAGCAAGGAUCAUCCUCCACCUUCUCCAGGAAAGGAAGGCCAGGCGUUCGUCUUCGACAAGAGGCCCAGCCAGAAGAUCGUGUUUCAGUCCUCCCACGAGGACGAGGAGUCGUACUUCGCCAAAAGCGGCCAGCAGGACGGGGAAGACUUCGGAUCGCAGCGGCCGAGGUCCAACACAGUGUCCGAGGGUACCAAAGUUGCGGACAGCAAGGUGCUACCGACUGUUUUCAAGUGGGAAGGCGGUGGAAAGCAGGUAUACAUCAGCGGGACGUUCACCGGAUGGAAAACAUUGCCGAUGGUAAAGAGCCACGGGGACUUUGUCACGAUAAUUGAUCUGCCAGAGGGGGAGCAUCAGUAUAAAUUUUUCGUUGACGGAGAAUGGAGGCACGAUCCUGGACUGAAAAUCGUAGACAACGGCAUGGGCUCCAAGAACAAUUUAGUUUCUGUAAGGAAGUCUGACUUUGAGGUGUUUCAAGCUCUUGCAAAGGAUAGCGAGGGUGUCAGUAGUAGUACUCAAACGGAGUACGGGCAAGAAAUACCGCCGCACAAACCUUGGGAGAAGAUAACCGGCCCGCCUAUCUUGCCGCCGCAUCUGCUACAAGUUAUCCUUAACAAGGACACACCGUUAUCCUGUGAGCCUACUCUUCUACCUGAACCAAAUCACGUUAUGCUGAACCAUCUUUAUGCUCUGAGCAUUAAAGACAGCGUGAUGGUCCUGUCGGCCACGCAUCGUUAUCGCAAGAAAUAUGUCACAACUUUGCUUUACAAGCCGAUUUAAAUGUUAAGUCAUUCCCGUGUUCGUUGGUGCUGUACAUUUUUUAACUAUCGCGGAAUAACACAGGUGCCCGAGUGACGCGACAUUGACGCGUAAAGUUUUUACGAGCUUCUUGGAGGCAAGGUAGAAGUUUAUGAUAUCCCGAAACGGUUGGUUCUUCGCUACGUUUAUUAUACCUCAGUCAUGUGUAUAAUAUAAUGUAUAAUUACUAUAAUAUUUAUUAAAGCCAGAUAUUUUAUA